GUGUACAUUUUAGAUUCAUAUGAUGGCACAUACAAUCUUUACUCAGACGAUUACUUCCUUAGCCGUUGGGACAUUCGGUAGAUUUCCAGCUUCAAAAGUUGAUCAUCACAUUCGAUUCAACUCCAGAAUCAAACACAACCGCUUCUCAGUUCCAGAAAAGAACAUAGCUUUGAGAUUUCAAAACGAUGACAGAAGAAAAAUGAGGAAUAUGGUUGUCUAUUCUGGCAUAACACCAGGAAACUCUAAUGAUCCUUCUCUUGGCUAUUGCAGGAAAUUUUGGAUCCUUGGCACAAUAUUCUCAAUACUUGCAUCCUUUUUGAGGGGGAAAUGGGGACCUUUGUUGCAACUGAAAGAGAAAGUUGAGACAACAACACAUGAAGCACAUCGAGUUGCAGACAUUAUAGAAGAAGUGGCUGAAGAGGUUGAUAAGGUGGCAGAAGAGGCUGUUCAACAUCUUCCAGAGGGAAAAUUUCGUGACGCUGUAGAACUUGUUGAAAAAGUUGCUGAAGAUGUCGAGAAGCGUGCUCAACGUGCUGAAGAUGCAUUAGAAAAGGUUGAGAACAUAGAAAAGGAGUUGGAUUCCUUCAUUACUGAAUCAACCAAACAUCACGAAAGUAGAGCAACGACGACUUCAGAAGCAAAAGAACAGAAAUAGAGAAAAACACGGUUGCUGACAACAUCUACUGAAAAAUCAAACACCAUGUUUUUACAUCUUUUCUUUUUAUUACAGCAACAUCUUGCUUGUACAAAUUUUAUUCUUUAAGUUAUUUUCUUCUAUAACGCAUAAGCUUAUAACAUUUUGUGCAAUUUAUUUUCAUGUUGAAAGAUGCAUACCUAUCAAUAGUUAUCUACACAAAAGAAAAAAACAUCACCAUCAAUAUGGAAAUAGACAAUAAUCAAAUUAUGU